CCUCCAGCAUGUAGCAGAUACAGAGCAGGUCCUGGUGGGGCAGUCACUGCUGUUGUGUGUGGAGAUCUCUCAGAGCAGCAGCCCCUGAUCAUGUGACUCCUCCUCCUCCAUGUGACUGAUCACAUGACGGUGACAUCAUCGCAGGUCCUGUAAGCACACGGCUCCUCUGCAGAUACAGGUUUCUCCAAUCCAGGAUCCUCUGCUGAUAUCUUCUAUAUAAGAGAAUUCUCCUGGAUGACCCAUCCACCAUGGAGAGAGACAGGAACAAGAUGGCCGACAGGAUCAUAAACCUCACCCUACAGAUACUCUUCCGGCUUACUGGAGAGGAUUACACAGUAGUGAAGAAGUCCUCUAGUGGGCGCUGUCGGGCCCCUGUGUGUGAAGGAUGGGGAAGAACCCUGAGCCCAAUCCCGGGGCCCUUACCUCACUCCCUGAUACAUGAGGAAAUGGAUGAACAGAAGAUCCUAGAACUCAUCAACAAGAUGAUGGAGCUGCUGACUGGAGAGGUUCCUAUAAGGUGUCAGGACGUGGCGGUCUAUUUCUCCAUGGAGGAGUGGGAGUAUGUAGAAGGACACAAGGAUCAGUACAAGGAUCAGGUCAUGAUGGAGGAUCAGCAGCCCCUCACAUCACCAGUCAGAUCCAGUAAGAGAACAGCACCAGAGAGGUGUCCCUGUCCUCUUCUUCCACAGGAUGAUCAGGGAGAAGAUCCAAACAAUAUUAAUGCUCCAGAGACAGAUGUGAGCGGUGAUGAGCAGUAUAAGGAGGACAUUCGUACAGAGAAAGAUCUGAUCUAUUUUAAUGCUACAGACAUAAAUGAAGAAGAAGAGACAGAUGUGAGCAGUGAUGAGAAGUAUAAGAAGGACAUUCUUACAGGGAAAGAUCUGAUCUAUAUUAACGUAACAGACAUAAAGGAAGAAGAAACAGAUGUGAGCAGUGAUGAGCAGUAUAAGGAGGACAUUUCUACAGGGAAAGAUCUGAUCUAUAUUAAUGCUACAGACAUAAAAGAAGAAGAAGUGACAGAUGUGAGCGGUGAUGAGCAGUAUAAGGAGGACAUUCCUUCAGGUAACCGCCCAGAGCGGCUGUGUCCUCCGGCAGAUGUCACCUGGUGUUGGCUGCUUUAUGAUCUGAUCAUGUGGCCUGUACCUGGCAGACAUUACUAGCUGCUCCAGAACACUGUCUGCGGGAUACAAGUGGUGCGGAAAUCAUGGGGCAGAGAGACAAAGAAGCGGAGACAGUUGAAGCGGUGCUCCCCCGAGGAGCUGAGACAUAUACCCCGGACCCCCAGAGGAGCCCCCCCUGC